CUCUGAGUUCACCUUUGGCCACAGUAUAAACCUCGGUAAGACUGACGGGGGAGGAGGCGAGGGGAGAAGGUUAGAAGACAAAAGAAGGCAGCACUGGUUGAUGUCCACGACGGUUGUUGAAGACGUCCAUUCAAAGUCUCCAGACACAUUUAACUUUACAAACUCCACUGACAAUGACUGACCAUCACUGGGGAUAUGGAAAAGAGAACGGUCCCUCUGUGUGGCAUGAGGACUACCCUGUGGCAAAGGGCAGUCGUCAGUCACCCAUUGACAUCAUACCUAAAAGGGCUCCAUAUGAUCCCAGCCUUGGCCCCAUCGCUCUGGACUAUAAUCUCUGUACAUCCAUUAACAUCUGCAACAAUGGACACUCUGUGGUUGUUGAGUUUGAUGACACGGAUGAUCGUUCAGUGAUCAGUGGCGGUCCUCUGGAAAAUCCCUACAGGUUGAAACAGUUUCAUUUUCACUGGGGCGGCAAAGGGUCCGAGGGCUCCGAACACACCGUCGAAGGACACACCUUUGCAUCUGAGCUUCAUUUAGUUCACUGGGAUGCUGUCAAGUACAAGUCAUUUGGGGAGGCGGCAGCAGCUCCUGAUGGCCUUGCUGUCCUGGGAAUCUUUUUAGAGGCAGGUGAUGACCACAGAUGGCUCCAUGCGAUUACAGAUGUUCUGUACACAGUGAAGUUUAAGGGCAGGGCCUCAGAUUUCAAAGGUUUCAACCCCAAGUGCCUCCUCCCCAGCAGCCUCCACUACUGGACCUAUCCGGGAUCACUGACUACACCCCCAUUACAUGAGAGUGUCAUCUGGAUUGUCCUGAAGGAGCCAAUCGUUGUGUCUGACAAACAGAUCAGCAAGUUCAGAUCACUUCUGUUCACUGGAGAAGAGGAGGAAGUCAGGAUAAACAUGGAAAACAACUUCAGGCCUCCACAGCCACUGAGAGGAAGGAGAGUUCGUUCUUCAAAUUAUUAGUUCAUCAAUUAAUUAAUGUAACGUAUACGAUGUUGAAAGCAAACAGUGAUUAAACAGAUAAUUUGCUUUUCCUCAGGAAACGGAUGAAUAUUGGCAGGGGUAAACAAAUACAUAUGCAAUCUAUUGUCAGCAGUCGGUUAAUAUUUUGAAAACAUUUACAUUUUUGUCAGUGCUGUGUUGUUUGACUUGAAGUA